GGAAGAACGACAUCACAUUAAACGCUAUGGAUUAAGAAUGGGACGCAUGUGCAUGUGAAAGCAGACGAGCGAAAACUUUGGCAAUAUAGGGAAUGUAUACAAGAUCUCCACAACGGGGCGGGCUUUCUCCACACACCGACGCCUUGUAGGCCGUUGAGAGCGGUUCAUCUCCGAUUGACCCAGUGACGGGUCUCCUUGGUGACGGCUCUGGCCUCACCACUGGUCAGAGCUCUGUGGAGGCGGGUCUUUAGGAAGAAACUGAAAGUGGCGACUUCCCCUACAGACUGACAUUCUGGACCAGCGACAAAAUGUUGAAAGGCAAAAUUGCUAAACUGGCCGUGAGCGACGUGAGAUUUCCUACGUCUCUGGAGCAGCACGGAUCAGACGCGAUGCACGCUAACCCCGACUACUCUGCGGCUUAUGUCGUUAUUGAAACUGACGAUGGGCUGAAAGGCUACGGGAUCACUUUCACUGUUGGAAGAGGCACAGAAAUCGUUGUAUGUGCUGUUGAAGCCUUGUCUACAUUAGUGAUCGGAAAGACACUGGAGGACAUUGUGAGUAACUUCAGUGGCUUCUACAGGUGCCUGACUAGUGACAGUCAGAUGAGAUGGAUUGGACCAGAGAAAGGAGUCAUCCAGCUGGCAUCUGCAGCCAUUCUUAAUGCUAUCUGGGAUAUGUGGGCACGUGCAGAGGGAAAGCCCCUUUGGAAGCUCCUGGUUGACAUGGAUCCCAAACAGCUCAUCCGCUGUAUAGAUUUCAGAUACAUCACUGAUGCUCUCACUGAGCAGGAAGCGUUAAAUCUACUGGAGAAGGCAAAGGAGGGAAAGCAGCAGAGAGAGGAAGAGAUGCUGAAGGAAGGCUAUCCAGCCUACACCACCUCCUGUGCCUGGCUGGGCUACUCAGAUCAGCAGCUCACACAGCUGUGUUCUACUGCACUGACUGAAGGAUGGACCAAGUUCAAAGUGAAAGUGGGUGCAGACCUGCAGGAUGACAUUCGCAGAUGCAGCCUUAUUCGGAAGAUGAUUGGUCCAGAGAACAGUCUGAUGAUUGAUGCCAACCAGCGAUGGGACGUCGCAGAGGCGAUAUCUUACGUCACAAAGCUAGCGGAGUUCCGUCCCCUGUGGAUUGAAGAGCCCACCUGUCCUGACGACAUCCUUGGCCAUGCUGCCAUCUCCAAGGCUCUUGCACCUUUGGGAAUUGGAGUUGCAACGGGAGAACAGUGUCAUAACAGGGUGAUGUUUAAGCAGUUUCUGCAGGCCUCCGCUCUACAGUUUGUUCAGAUUGACAGCUGUAGAGUGGGCAGUGUCAAUGAGAACCUCGCCAUCAUGCUAAUGGCUGCCAAAUUCAGGGUUCCGGUUUGUCCUCAUGCUGGUGGAGUAGGACUUUGUGAGCUUGUUCAACAUCUAAUUCUGUUUGACUACAUCUCUGUGUCUGCCAGCCUGGAGAACAGGAUGUGUGAAUAUGUGGACCACCUUCAUGAGCACUUCAAAAGCCCCACUGUGAUCAGAAACGCCCACUACAUGCCCCCUAAGGAUCCUGGAUUUUCAUCUGAAAUGUUCGACGAGUCGGUGCAGAAACACCAGUUUCCUCAUGGAGAGGUGUGGAGAUCCAUUUUAGAGAAGAACGGAUCUUAAUACAAUCUAAUUGCUGCUGAACAGCUGUCACACUGAAUCAUCCUUUAAAAACUUGAAAAACUGUGAUUUUAAAGUUUCAUUAUACAGAUGUAAUGUGAAGCAAUAAGGGACAUCUUAGCACUAAUUCAGAAAGAAUUUGCACUGUCAGCAAUCAUUAUUUUUAGCUUUUGACUAAUCAACGUUUGACUAAUUUGACUAAUCAAAUGUUUUGCACUUUUUAAAUAAAUUUUAUGUUUAAUCUUAA